UCGCGGUUCAGCUAUCAGCGAUUCGCGGGUUCCACUUAAAAAAAAAGUGCACCAGUCACAUUAGAUGCAGACGGCCACUAGGCUUUAGCGCACAAUACCGUUGUUGAUGGAAAAAAUAUGCUCAGUUCAGGGGUGGCUCUCGCUGUGCGCAAAUGUCGAACAGUGUCGGUAAAUGUUACGAUUCGAAGGAAACCACCUCAACACAAUUAAAUACUUAAAGCUUGCAGUCUCGAAGUAGCAAAAAAAAAAUAAAAAAAUCGAGAACAAUUGAAAAGACACCGACUACCAGCAACAAAAAUUUUAGUGCAGCGCAAAUAGGAUUUGAGAGUGAAAUCACAAAAUAUUGAAUCAAAUUAAAACAAAUAGUAAUAAUUAAACUGCCCUCUUAUUCUGUGAGUUGUCGUUCAAUGGCGCGUUUUGUGAUGUAUUUCUUGGUCAUUAGUUCACUGUUGCUUUGUCGCGAAAGUGGCCGUCAGGGUGGCGGGUGGAGCACGGGUCUCGUGGAGGCAACAAAUGGCCGCGGUGGCCAGUUGGAGGGCCGCGAUCGACACCAUCACGAAAGGGGUGGACACAUCAGACGUGACCUCAAUCAUUGCUGGCGUCGUUAUGAUGGCUACAAUUUACAAAGCACAAUGGUUAAUAAAAAAGAACAGAUGAAGAAGCCUUACGGUAUACUGUGCAAUUUCAAAUGUACUUGGUUUUUUACAAUAAAUUUUCCAACAUGUGAAUUCAUUUAUGACUACAAACUUUCUUGCUACUUAUUUACAUCACUGCCGGAUUGUACUACGGUCAAAUGUACGCUUUUGAAUUUUUUUACAUAAAAUAUAGACAAAAUUUCGCAUAGUCAAAUAUAGAUAAAAUUAUUUAUGUUAUAAAUAUAUGUAUGUAUUUUUAAACAAUUUUAAUUUAAGAAAUUUUUGUAAAUGCUUUAAAUAAAACUAAGUUAAGUGUAAAUUUUUUAAGCAGACCAAAAUAAAUUAUUUAAACAAUAUCAGUGAAGUAUUGUAGUAGAAUAAAAAUUGUGAAAAUUGGUUGUUGGUUUUAUUAUUAGAUAUUCGUUGGCGCAUGAAUUGUUGCCAGUAGCUAAAUUGCGCUUUCAAUUUCCUUCGAGUCCUGAAAAACUCCUGCUGUAU